AGUGAGAAAAAUUGGUGUAAUAAUCCCUUCUAAAACAUCAUGUUAGCGCAUGAAGUAGCGGCUGAAAUUAUUGGGAAGUUGUCAGAGAAGAAGCACACUGUUAAGUCCUUAGUUCUGAGUAGCAAAUUUAGGAAUAUCAAACAGCUGUACGCGCUUGUCUGUGAAACAUUGAAAUAUCGACAGGUUUUAGAGAAGAUCAUCGAUUCUACCAAACUGUUGAAGCGAGAGAGAAACCUCUGCCAGAAGACCAAAGCGUUCACUAUUGUUCUUCUUUAUGACUUCUUGUUUGGGAAGGGGUUGCAGGCUGCUGGAAAGUGGAAGGCCUGCAUAUUGAACCACAAGGCUGCCCUCAAUGCAGAGCUGGCCCGGAUCAAGAUAAAAUCAGGAGCCGUCACAAACCAGGAUCUCAUUCCGGAAGAAGUCCAAAAAGCUAGUGUGGUGCUCCCAAGAUAUGUCCGCGUGAAUACGAUAAGGGCUGAUGUGGCCUGGGUCAAGAGGCAGUUUGUGGCGGAAGGGUAUAGAGAGGUUGUGAAUCCUGGAAACAGUCAUGAAAGUUUCAUGGAAGCUGUGCGCAACCUGCUACCAAAGCAAUUCACUGAAGAUCUUCACGUCAAGAAUGUGCUGGUGUUUAGCGCAGGGACAGACCUGCACAACUUCUGGCUGCACAAGUCUGGCCACAUCAUAUUACAAGACAAGGCUAGUUGUUUCCCGAGUUACAUCUUGUCGCCACCUGCUGGUAGUCAUGUGAUCGAUUGUUGCGCCGCUCCGGGGAAUAAGACGAGUCACAUGGCGGCCAUUAUGCAAAAUAAAGGGAAAAUCUUUGCUUUUGAUCUUGAUCCGCGUCGGCUCCGAACAAUGCAGAAACUGUGCAGAAUAGCUGGCGCCACCAACAUCGAUUACAAGCACCAAGAUUUUCUGACGGUCGACACGAAUGAUGAGAAAUACGCCGACGUGGAGUACAUCUUAGUGGAUCCGUCCUGCAGUGGCUCAGGAAUCGCUAGUCGCCUGAACAGUUUGACAGAUGAUGAAAAGUCAAGUUCGAAAGAUCGCCUGGAAAACUUGGCAAAGUUCCAGAAGUCUAUCGUAAAACACGCCUUGUGUUUCCCAAACGUCAAAGCAGUAACGUACUCGACUUGUUCAAUUCAUCCUGAAGAAAACGAGGCAGUCGUCAAAGAUGUUUUGAAAGAUUUUGGCGGGAAAUUCCAUUUGCGUUACGUUUUACCCGACUGGACGCAUCGUGGAGUUGGAGGCGAUGAUGUCGGGGCGUCGUGUAUUCGGGCGUCGCCGCAAGUGGACUUGACCAAUGGGUUUUUUGUUGCGUGUUUUUUGCGGACUUUGCCUGAUUCACCAGAGAUUUUGAUACCAGGUUCUUCAUUAGAAAGUGGUGUGUGCGCUACAAAGGAUGUUUGUCCUGUUGAUUCAAAUGUGGUUGAAAUUGUUGUGAAAUCCAAGAAGAAGAAAAGGAAAAAGAAAAAGAAGACUACCAGUAGUUUGGGAAAUUGUGCGGGGCGUGACAUUUGUGAAAACGGGGCAGGUCAAUCUGUGGAUGUUAGAAGUGUUACUUUUGCUAAAGUUAGUGCAGAGACAACAGGCCUCUCUUGCCAAGGAGUUGAAAAUAUUCUGGGCAAGAAACGAAAGUCAUCUACGCAGGAUACUGCUGGACUUGUUAUGAGUGGUACUGGGCAUCAAACUGAUAAGUCGUAUGAAAAGGUAGCUGAAAGUAAAACUAGCUGUAUGGAGGUGGGGACUCAUGUUGGGUUGAGUAAUGUUCCUUUGACUGGGACAAGUGAUGCGGGAUCAAAAAAUGGCUGUAAGAGACGUAAGGUGUCAUCGCCACAGGGUGGAGCUCGGCUUGAUGUGGACGGGAGUGGGGUGGUCAAAUCUUGUGAAAAGUCUUUACAGCGUUCCGCGAAACGGAAAAAAUGCCGCCAGCGGGCAAAACAACGGAAAAAAGCUUUGUGGGAUGGUGCUGGGGUUGGUUUAGAAGGGAGUCGCGAUAAAUCUUGUAAAGAAGAUGUUGUUUUAAGAGAGGUAGAUGAGACAAGUGGUAAGAUUGGCGAAAGCAGUCUUAAGGUUGUGUAGGGUUAGACACAUCAUGUGGGUGGGUAGUUGCUUCUUCUGAAAUAUGUGUUGCUGGGUCUGAAAAUAUGCGAGGGAAAAAACGCAAGUCAUCUCCACCAGAGACUGUUUAGUUUGUCUCAUUUUGAUGGAUCCGUUGAACUUGUUGAAAGUAAAUUAACUGCUGAUUGAAUCAAUCAAGUGAAGAAGUGGUUGAAAUAUCUAACUGCUGAUUGAAUCUUACUGGAAUCAAGUAGAAAAUAAGGCUGUAAUCCAUACUAAAUGGAAUGAAGUUUUCCAGGGACUGAAAAAGUUGCGACUCGUGUUCUUAUUGCAUCUAUAUUACAAGCUCUUGUUGUAUGGUCAAAUCUGUGUAAAUGCAUCAAUAAAAGUUACUUUACUCUAA